AUGUAUCGAACUUUUAUAUUUCUUGUAGUAAACAUUAAUUUACUUGUAGAAUCUGUUCCAGAUUUCGAGAACAUAAAUUACAAUAUCAUAUUCAAUAAACCAAUAGCACAUUAUUUUGGAAAUUUUGAUGUGAAUCAAACAUUCGUAGUUUUACGUGAUAAACCAUUUAAUCUUACUCUAGUGGACUAUACAUCAGCAGGGGCCUACUGCCGCAGCAAGCGCAAAUCGUUUUCAUUGACAUGGUAUGUUGAAAUGAUCAAGGUUAAGAGGAAAUGGAACUCAGUAAUUAAGGUUCAAAGAGCAUCUGAACAUAUGAGUUUAGAAUGGAUGUGCACUUUCGGUAGAAAAAAUGAUCCUGAUCAGAUUAUCACGUUCAAAGUUCGUGUUAAAGGCGUUCCUAAAAUUGACGUGACUGUUGGCGGAUUAAAACUGAAUAAUUCUCUAUCAGAAUCGACAGAACUCACAUACGAUAAUAUUGCAUAUUACUGGUAUGAAGAAGGGGAAACCAUUGAUUUGGUGUGCCACAAUCUUAACGUCGGUUUUCUCUACAUAGUUUAUUAUGAUCAGAACGGGACAAAAUUGAUUGAGACUGACAGAAUGUUGCGCCAGCGGCCACCGAACUUUCAAAAAAUUAUGCAGGUUGAUGAUAAUAAUUAUAUAUUAGACUGUAAAUAUGAAAUGUAUGAUUUUCAUCACGGUUAUGCGUACAGAACAAUAUUUAAGCUGAGACCUGAGGCUUCAAGUUCAAAUAAACAAGAGGACUCUUUAGAUGUGCGUAUGUUGAAGAUGGCACUACUGAAAGAAUACAGUCAGAAGAAAAGCCAAGAGGGCCUUGAUGAAGCGCUGGCGAAUUUAAUGAAAAGAAAUGGUCCUGUAAAACUUCAAAGAGUAUACAGCACCAAAAUUACUGUAAAUAACUUGAAAUUAAUACCGACGAAUGUCAGUCAGCACCUUGAUAAAGAAGAUUACCAAUAUAAUUUCUUUGAAAAUCAAAUCCUAAAGGUGUCUUGUGAAAAAAAUAAAGAUCUUCCCGGACACCUACAAUUUGGCACCGAUAAUAAUGAACACUUAAAAUCUAGGAUUCUUGAAGAAGUUGAAAAUAAUCAGUGGAAAAAAACAAUAACAUUAGACACAAAAAACCUAACUUUGGAGCAUCUUAGAUGUGAAAUAAUUGGAUAUUCAACAGCCAAUAUAAUGUUAGUGUUAGAUACAAAAGAACUUUAUAUAUUAGGAUUACAGACUGAAAAUGUGAUGUACCAAUACCGGAACAAUAGCAUGACUUGGAUUGUGGACUACCAGUACAGCGUGAACGAAACAUUGAAUCUUACAUGUGGUGCUAGGACGGAGAGUGACCUUCGGUGGAUUUUUGGCAAUGUUACAACAAAAGCAACACUGAAAUCUAAGGAUAUUAAUGAAGUUUUUACUCUGCAAGCCGACCACAAUGAAAUGAAAAUUAUUUGCGAAGGAAAAAGCAAUAGUGAAACAUCAAAUUUUUUCGUAAAUCUUCACCGUGUCGACAACAAUGUAGAAGAUGUGUUAUUUAACAUUACUCCAGUAGUCUAUUCUGAUUAUUCUAAUACAUUUAAAACUUAUGUAGUUUUAGAAAAUAUGCCUUUUAAUAUUACCUUGUUUAAUUAUAACGCAUCAGAGGCUCGCUUGGUAGUGGAGAAGGUCGAGUUAGUUGUGGCUUUAAAAGAUACUGACGUUCCCAGAGUUCAGAACAAGGACAUUAGACACAUUGAAUACCACCGCGUAAUGAUGCUGGUCGCGGUUCCUUCUGCAUCAGAAGAUAUGAGUACAGUAUGGAAGUGUACCUUAAUAAAAAUGGAUUCUCCUGAUCAAUACGUGAUAUUUGACAUGCGUGUUAAAGGGAAAAAUAAUUUAAACAUAACUAUAGGGGGUCUAGAACAGAAACCUGCUGUACUUGACUUUUCGGAGGUAGAAUGUGAUGCCAUAUCACACUACUGGUAUGAAGCUGGCGAGGCUAUAGACCUGGACUGCGUAAAUCUCCAUGCCGGUGGCACUAUACAACUAAAAUAUUACGAUAAAAAUUUCCCAAAAAGCUCUUUGGGACUGGGUACAGUACGCACAAAAUUGAUUGAAACCGAUCUACUAUGGCAGGUUCCUAUAAACUUUAGAAAAACAAUGCAUUCUAGCAAUGAUGGCGACAUGAUUACUUGUACAUACAAAACGGAAUAUUAUGAUUAUAAAUACACUCAUCGAAUAGUUUUCAAGCUUAAAACUGAAUCUUCAUCAAAAGGAGUUAUCAAAAUCGAUGUAAAUAACUUUCGACUGGUACCAAUUACUGUUAGUGAGGGCAACAGAAGUAUUUAUCAAUACAAAUAUUAUGAAGGAGAUACGCUGAUGGUCACCUGUGGAAAAGAUAAAACUGCAUCAGGCUUUUUACAAUUCGAAACUAAUGAGAUUGAAUUUAUGGAGCGAAACAAAUGUUGUAGAGCUGAACUUCAAGAGCAAAAUUUGUGGUUAAAGAAGAAUACUAUUAAAUUAAAUACGGAACACUUGAACGGGAAACAUUUAACUUGUAACUUAACCGACGAUCGAAUGAUUUCAACCGCUGAUAUUAUGUUUUUAGUAGAAACGAAACAACUAUAUGUAAUUGGCCUGUCUAUGUCAGAUAUGAUCUAUCAUUAUAAAAAAAAUAUGUCGACAUGGAUUCUCGAUUAUAAAUACAGUGAAGAUCAAGUGUUACAUCUUACGUGUGUGGCUACAACAGAAAGCAAUCUGCGUUGGAUUUACUCAAACAGUACAGAAGAAUUUUAUAAUAAAACUAAGAGUAUCAGCCACAAAUUUACUUUUAGACCCGAAGUUAAUAAGACGACAAUUACGUGUGAAGCUACAGAUAUUGAAACAAUGUACAUUCAGAGAGUGUCUGUAAACCUACAUCGUGUAAAGAAAUCUUCAAAGACCCCAGACCCGAUUACAGAUACGGUUGUUGAUACGACAAAUUCGAACGUGGUAGUGAUCAUCAGCUUCUCGGUGGCUACGUUGGUCAGUGUCUUCGGAAUUACUAUGGCGUUUUGUACGUGCAUAAAAAGAAAGGACACAAGUGACAGUCAGAACGAAACUUCAAGGAACCAACACCAAUUGCGUCCAUUACCCGAAGUGCCGUCUGUGCCGAGACAAAGACAACCGCUGUAUAGUUACGACUAUGUGUAUUCAUCAUCUGAUUACGAAGAUCUUCAACCGGUUGAAACAAGCAAUAACAGCAAUCAACAGAACACAUUGUAUUAUUGGGCAGAUUGCGCUUUAUAA